UCGGCAUUCGGCAGUGUUUCUAUGACAACGUGCCUAUGACGUGACCUAUUUCGACACUUGCACUCGAAAUGCCGUUGCUGGCCAUGUCGUUGCCGUCAUGCCGACGCGAGGAAGUCGGCACGGAAUGACGAUAGCUUAGUGACGGUAAAUCUCUCGUCAUUCACACAAGCAUCGGCAUCAACAUGGCGGAUAUCUACUUGUUCCUCGCUGAUGCUGGCGUAUGCGAAGAUGAAAGGACACGCGUCUUUCGCAGACACCGUGACGCCUUUACAGCGCUAGACGAGGAGCAGUUUAUUGCCAAGUUCCGCCUCUGCAAGGACGCAGCCAGAGAGGUUUGCGACGCAGUCGCAGGGGAUCUGCAAAGACCACAGCAAUGGCGCAGCACCACUCUACCAGUUGCGCAAAGGGUGCUUAUGGCACUUAGAUUUUACGCAACUGGUGCGUUUCUUAGCAACAUCGCAGAGGAGGAAGACUUCCUUACGAGCAAGCGACCAGUGUCGGAGUCCAUUCAUGAUGUCAGCACUGCAAUCAUCCGUAACCUUGCCCCGCGAUACCUGAAGUUUCCCAUGUCACCCGAGGAAAAGUUGAGGGUAAAACGAGGCUUUUACGAGAUUGCAGGUCUGCCUGGCUGCCUUGGCGCAAUUGAUGGGACAGCGAUUUCAAUAAUGGCUCCAAGCAGGACAGACCAACGUGUUGUGGAUGGUAACUAUUACUGUCACAAGGGAUAUCAUGCCAUCAACGUGCUUGGGGUGUCGGACGCUACUCGCCGCAUCCUUUACCUAAAUGCAUGCUACCCAGGGAGCUGCCACGAUUCAGCUAUAUGGAGUUUGUGUGACCUCCGUCGCCAGGCUCCUCAACUGUUUGCAGAUGGCGAAUGGCUUUUAGGUGACCUCGGCUAUCCUCUUGAGCCCUGGCUCAUGACCCCAGUUCGCAGCCCUGCAACGAGUAGCGAGGAAGCAUACAAUGAAGCCCAUCGUAAAACAAGGGUCCGAGUUGAGCAAACAUUUGGUGUUCUGAAAAUGAGGUUCAGAUGCCUGCAGCGAUACAGGACACUACACUUCUCACCGGAUCGGGCCUCCAACAUAAUAACAGCAUGUGGAAUUCUGCACAACAUGUGCCACAAAUACAACACUCCUGAGCCAGCAUAUGAGGAAGAACCAGAGAACUAUGAGGAUAACAGUGCAGGAGCGUUGGAUAUAGACAUCGACGAAGCUGAUGAUUUAUCUGUUGUAACCAGGAAACUGUCUAGAAGGAGCCAGAUAAUAAGGCAAUAUUUCUGAUGCUUUACAAUUUCUUCCAUUUUCAGUGCUGUUAAAAUAUUCAGUAUUUUAAAUAUGCUGGUGAUUUCACCUUUGUAAGUAGCUUAUGGAGUAACUAGGCCUGCAAGUACCUAUAUGUAAUAUUUUAUGUUUCAUGUAAUGCAACAAAAUCGAGAGAGAGAUAGAGAUAGAUACAUGAUGACGAUGAUAUCGAGUUAUCCACGUUGUGUGAGGUUUCUGAAUAUCAGCAUGGUGGCAUUGCAGUCAUAUCCAGCGAGAGAAUGUUCUCACUUAAAGAGUUUGUUCUGCAAGUUCACAUUUAAUGCUCCUGAAUGGUUUUCUGCCUUGUUUAAACAUAUAUCAAGUAUUCACAACAUGCGUGUUCCUUUCUGCGUUGCUUUAUUUCUGCUUGCACGCUUUACUUUGCAGUAAGGUUAUAAAGAAUUUCCUCCAGUUUUUAAAAAUGUUAGCUUCAGUCCACUCUUCUCUGGUUAUGAGUGUUUCCUUCGUAUUCAUUUCAGUGUCGAAAAUCAGCACUUGCACAGGCCGUGCUGGUAGCUAUUUUGUAGCAACGAUGUUUCACUCACCCAAGGUGAGCACACAACAUACUAGAAUACCUGCGGGACUAUGGCACAUUUUGUUGCCUCAUUCUCUCCAGCUUCAGCCUGUAGUACUCACUGAUGGGUGUCAUUGCCUAUAUGAGAAAGCAAAAAAACAAAUUUGCAAUUAAGAUGUAACGGAGGAAUAAUUCAACGGUGAUCUAAUUUUUGGGACGUGUAGCAACAUAAGAAGGCCCCUUUUCGCCAUGGGGGCCCCCCACUGUCCACAUAGCAUUUAAUUGCCGUCACUAAAGCACCACGCAAUUAUCAUGUUUGUGAGGAGAAAACUAACAGCUCGCACUGGGUGAAAUUGAACUUUGAAGCUUACAUUAACUACUAACCUUACAGUGAAAAUGUAUGUAUAAGACUAUUGCGAAGCAAGUACAAGAGAAAAAAAAAUAUGAGGAACGCUGGAGUGCAAUAUAAACCAGGUCAUUCAUUAUGGUCAAUAUUCUACAGCGCAUAACAUGUACACUUUCGCAUCACUUAGUUUGAGACUGUGUGCGAGAGUGCGUAUGUGUAUUUCCUCACGUUGUGCAUGCUCAAGUGUAAGUUCUAAUUCUUGGUAACAGUUAUUGUAUAUUUGUAUGUAGUACCUCAGUGCCGUGCACGUGGAAUGUAUUAAAUUUCCACUUUUCAUUGA